CGUUGAACAUGAAAAAUCGGAAAUCCAUCCACUUUUUCCAAAUCUAAAACUUCAUACCGUCGAAGGCAAAASYGAUGACAAUGAGACCAUUGGUACUGAUAAGCGCAUUCCUCUUGUUUGAGUGUUUGCUAAAAUCUGCCGUCAAAAGCCAUGCCUUCGCASCACACACAAAAUCGACGCUCGCCUUCCCAAAAUCUCCUCGCUUCGGGACUACAGAUUGCAGGAUGGUUUUGAAAGACRAAGGCGGCGACGAUGGUGUAGAUUCCAUAGCCUGCGACACUGACGUUAUCAUCAUCGGUGGUGGAUUGGUGGGUGCGGCUACGGGGUUGGCGCUCUCUCGAAGGGGUAAAUCGUGCACGAUAUACGAGCAGACCCAGUCCCUGCGAAAGGUCGGAGCGGCGAUAGGGUUGUACCCUAACGGUCUKUCAGCACUCGAGCAUAUCGCACCUGACGUGGCURAAAUGGUCCGAAAGAAUUGCUCCCCCUGUCUYGUGUUCGAACGACGAGAUGCGAGUACCGACGAGGUAGUUCGAAGCACCAGCGUCCCACAUCUGAACGAGACUUCACCGGUGAUGUAUGCGUGGUUCUUGCUCCAGCAGCACCUCGUAGAGGCUUUGCCAGAGGAUUGCCUACAGCUAGGGCACUCGUUUCAAUCCUACAAGGUGCUGGACGAUGGGCGGGUUGAGGUUUMUCUCUURGACAAUGGAAAASAAGUCACGAAAACGUGCCGUCUCUUGAUCGGUGCGGACGGGAUUCAUUCAAGGGUUAGAUGCCAGCUCCUGGGCGAACCCCCCACAACGAAUUACUACGGCAAGGUCAUGUACCGCGCCGUAAUAGAGAAGGAACGGGUGGAUCGCGUCUUGGAAAUCCCUGAAGGUAGYCAAAUCUCUUGGCAGGGYACCGAAAUCGGAAAGUCCUUUUCGGUGCGGGAGACUACAGAAGGUAUCAUUACGGUGACAGCGGCUGCCCUCGAUGACUCACCGAACGGCGAUUCGAGGUCGGYCAAUGCUACCGUUCCCCRCGACAAUUUUACCCACAAAAAACACCUGCAGAGUUUGUUUUCUGGUUUUUCUCCAACAGUGGGUGCYAUCAUYGGUCUCUUGCCGGACACCUUCCACCGAGACUUUUUGCGCGACAUCAAUGUUCCCAACGAAACCGGCUGGUGCGACGGCCAACAGGUGCUGCUGGUAGGGGACGCCGUUCAUGCAAUGACYCCGGGGAUGGGACAAGGGGCCAACCUCGGUCUGGAGGAUGCCUGCGAAGUASYAGAAACCAUCGUGCAAAAACGGCCCCUCUCGGACUUUGUGCGGGCUCGGAUCGACCGGGUUAGAGCCAUCCAGGAACGUUCCGCGGAAAACACGCUACAGUCCAAUGCCUACACCAGGGACAACGCGUCGACGCCUUUUCAGCGGCGAAAGUAUUCCCAAUGUUUCAAGGAUGAUCUCUACCGGUGGAAACCUUCCCUGACAAAAGCCCCCACRAGGGAAUGAGUAAAUUCAUGAAUCAGCAAUGAAUUGCCAUGGACCAAUCCAUGGAUCUCCAAAGGCCUGAUUGCCUCCCAUUGGUUGUACACUACUCGUGUGUAACAUUAAAAGCCAAAAAAAAUUAGAAUAGAGACAGUAAUUUACA